AAUAGCCAUUGAAGGAACCUUAAAAGUUCUAUAGAACUAACUCUUAAGACCUUGAUUUUUUUUUCUCUGUUAGGAGCUCCAUUUCAGUGACACAAUGAGGGUAGUCGUUGUUACAAGGACACUCGAAUUUGUAAUGGAAGUGGGUCUCCAAGAACCUGUUCUUGAAAUUAAAAUGAAGAUAGAACAAUUUUUAGGUGUCCCUGUGGCUUCACAAACUCUCUCAGUAUCUGGAUGGGAGUUGAUGGAUGGACUUGACAUGGAAGACUAUCCAAUUGUCACUGAAGGUACAAAAAUUGACCUCACCUUCAAAUCCAUGAUUAUAUUACCUCCGUUAAACCAUUGUAGUAAAAUCCAAAUUUUAGUGAAAUUCUCAUCUAGGCAGUUUAACAUAGAGGUAGACACAACAGAAACUGUGCGUAGUCUAAAAGAGAAAAUUCACAUCAUUGAUGGCACACCCAUCAAAAGAAUGUCACUUUUCUAUUGUGGGAUAGAAUUACAAGAAGACUAUCGCAAUCUUACUGAGUAUGGCAUACACGAAUUCUCAGAAAUAAUUGUGUUCGUCAAGGCCAUAAAUCGUCUAAGGGAUGAACCUCCAUCGAAAAGACUAAGUUUAGUGGUGCAAACUUCUUCUAGUUUGCUUAAUGCAGCCAGCAUUCCUGUGGAAUUGAAGGAUUCAUGCACUGUAAAUGACUUGAGGCAAUUAUUAUUGAGCAAAAAAAUUCUUCCCAUUGAUGAUUAUUUGUUUAUACACAAGCAGAGGAUUAUGCGUGACAAUUGCAGCCUCCGGUGGCAUGGUGUUGAAAAUGGGGACCCUCUCUAUGUGUUCAAAGGAACUAUCAGUAGAAAUGGAUAUUGAGAUGCUACAAGUUUCUAUGCCCUAGCGUGGUUGGAAUUUAAAUUUAAACCAGAAUAAAUGUUUUUUUAUUUUUUAUUUUUUAUAAAUAAUUUUAAACCAGAAGUCCAGAAUAAAUGUUAUGUAGAAUCUAUUUAGGAAUCCAUGAAGGCUAUAUGCUUAAACACCAAAGAGUAUUUGCUUUAUCAUCAUCAAAAAACUUUGGAAACUAUUAAUGUGGAAAAUAAUGAUACUUCCUAAUUAAUAUGGUC